UUCCUUCUUUCCUCCGAGAGCCAGCCAGCCGCCGCCCCCUUUCCGACCCCCCGUUCCUGCCCAAAAGAAACCCCCCAGCCCCGCGCAUCCAUCAUGAACGGGACUUUAGAUUGCCUGCAGGACCACACGCUGAACGAAGAGCAAGGGGCGUUCAUGUUCACUUCGGAAUCCGUCGGGGAAGGCCAUCCAGACAAAAUAUGUGACCAGAUCAGCGAUGCUGUCCUUGACGCCCACUUGAAGCAAGACCCAGAUGCCAAAGUUGCUUGUGAGACAGUUUGUAAAACGGGAAUGGUUCUUCUCUGUGGAGAGAUCACCUCCAGAGCUGUGGUGGACUAUCAGCAGAUUGUCCGAGACACAAUUAUGAACAUCGGCUACGACGAUUCGGCUAAAGGCUUUGACUACAAGACCUGUAACGUCCUCGUGGCUUUGGAGCAACAGUCCCCCGAUAUCGCCCAGGGGGUUCACCUACACAGGAACGAAGAAGACGUGGGCGCUGGAGACCAGAUCACAGUUCAAUACAUCCAGGAAGACGGGGCGGUCAUCCCCGUGCGGGUUCAUACCAUUGUCAUCUCCGUGCAGCACGACGAAGGCAUCUCCUUGGAGGCCAUGCGCAAAGCCUUGCAGGAACACGUGAUCAAAGCCGUGGUGCCAGCCCACUACUUGGACGACAACACGGUUUACCACCUGCAGCCCAGCGGCCGUUUUGUCAUCGGAGGGCCACAGGUGCGCCUUUCGCCUCACACCAUCCUGAAGGGUUGA